AUGCAUCAUACAACCCACACAGGGGACAAGCCAUAUUACAGAUGUUUGGAGGGUGGGGAGAGCUUCCGAUAUAGUGACUCCCUCAUGAAGCAUCAAAGAAUUCAUACAGGGGACUGGUUCCAUCAUGGGAGCAUCCUCACUAGACAUAAAAGAACUCACGCAGGUGAAAAACCUCACAAAUGUUUGGACUGUGGGAAGGGCUUCAGGCACAAAGGCACCCUCACAAAGCAUCAAAGAAUUCAUACAGGGGACAAACCUUAUGAGUGCUUGGAGUGUGGAAAGAGCUUCACUCGCAAAGACCACCUUACUUUGCAUCAGAGAAGUCACACAGGAGAAAAGCCUUAUAAAUGCUGGGAGUGUGACAAGAGCUUCUGUGACAGUGGUGCCCUUACUCUGCAUCGAAGAACUCAUACAGGGGAAAAGCCUUAUAAAUGCUGGGAGUGUGGCAAGAGCUUCCGUGAGAGUGGUUCCCUUACUCGGCAUCGAAGAACUCAUACAGGGGAAAAGCCUUAUACAUGUUUUGAAUGUGGAAAGAGCUUCAGUCAGAGUUGUCACCUUAAUGAUCAUCAAAGAACUCAUACGGAGGAGAAACCUCAUUAAUGCUUUGAAAGAUGCUACAACAGCAGCAAGA